AUGACCCUCAGACCUGCCACCGGAGAAAUUGCAGCGUCCCUGAGGCAAAGUCAUGGGUAUAAGACCUAUCUUUACUCUGUAGAUCCACCAGGCUCUCCACUUGUUUCAAUCCUGUCGAUUUCACCAACCAAGAACGUCACAAUGCUCAUGUUCAGUCACCUUUUUAUGCUUACGCUCGCGAGCGUUGCCUUUUCUAGACCCCAUACGCACUCCAAGCGUACAUCUAGAACCUCCGCACCACCCGGCUGCCUAACAGUCGGAGGAAACGGAACAUACGCAACGAUCGGCGAUGCAAUAACAGCUCUGGGGUCAGGUUCAUCCUCAUCCUCUGCUUGCAUAUACAUUGAAGCCGGCACUUACGAGGAACAACUAACAUUCAAGUACAAUGGGAACCUGACCAUCUAUGGCGAGACCACAAACACCGCAACCUACGAGGAGAACACCGUCACCAUCACACAUACAAUUUCCUCGCCGGAAUCGGGAUCGCUGAUUUCUAGCGCUACGGUGAAUGCCCAGAUGGACGACUUCGCAAUGUACAACGUCAACGUCGUCAAUGGGUUUGGAAAGGGUGCUCAGGCUGUAGCACUUGCUGCGACCGGCGACCGCCAGGGCUACUAUGGCUGCCAGUUCAUCGGGUACCAAGAUACGCUUUACGCGCGGGACGGGAUCCAGUACUACUCGCAUUGCUAUGUCGAAGGCGCAACAGACUACAUCUUCGGCGCAGCCAGCACCUGGCUCUCGACCUGCGCCAUCGCCUCCAACGGCGCCGGCUACAUCACCGCCAUGUCGCGCGAGACGGCGUCCGAUCCCUCGUGGUACUGCUUCGACAACUGCACCAUCUACGAGAAGCCCGGCCUGGCCACGGCUCUCACGGGGAAGGUGUACCUCGGCCGACCGUGGCGGGUCCUUGCGCGCGUCAUCUACCAGAACUCGGUCCUGAGCGACAUUGUCCAUCCGGCUGGGUGGACGACGAUGGCGGAGGGGGCGACGCCGCUGUACUAUGAGAUUGGGAAUUCCGGGGCCGGGGCGGAUGCGAGUCAGAGGGUUUGGGAGAGUGGGAUUGAGGAGCCUGUGAGUCGGGAUACGGUUUUGGGCGUUGGGUGGGAGGAGUGGGUGGAUGGGGACUAUUGA